AUGGCAUCCAUCAACCUGCCGCCGUUGUUUGACGUGGUUACAACGACUGCCGACGACCUUCGGAAGCUCUUGGACAAGGGGAGCAUCACCAGCGUACGGAUUGUGGAAUCGUACCUCUCGCACAUCGAGGCACACAACACCAGCGGUGCCAAGUGCAGGGCCAUCAUCUCUACAGGCCCGAGAUUUCAGCUCAUCUCCCAGGCCGCCAUGCGCGACGAGGAACGGCAGCGGGGAAAGCUGCGGGGACCUCUACACGGGAUACCAAUCCUCCUCAAGGACAACAUGGCCACAGAUGCAUCCCUUGGAAUGCCCACGACUGCAGGCUCGUACGCACUCUGGGAUUCGUGUCCGCCAGGCAAUAGUGCGGUUGCCGACAAACUGAUCGACUGUGGCCUCAUUAUUCUGGGCAAAUCCAAUAUGACGGAGUUUGUCGGCCUAAAAGGCGCGAGUGGGUGGUCUGCUGUUGGGGGCAUGUGUGAGCCAGCAUACAUUCCUACUGGGUACAAGAUUGGGGACAAGCCCAGGGGGGAGACGACUCCCGCAGGCUCAUCCACGGGAUCCGCCGUUGGCGUUGCGUGCGGCUUUGCCCCCAUUGCACUGGGAACGGAAACUUCGGGGUCUAUAGUGUCACCAUCGGCCGUGGCCGCGUUGUAUGCGCUGAAGCUUACUCCGGGUUCUGUUCCCUUGACGGGGAUAAUGGAGGUGACUGCCUGCUUCGACACAGUCGGUGGGAUGGGCAAGACGCCUCUGGACGUUGCCCUCACAAGCGACGCUCUUUUAGGUCCCGCAGAAGGUGCGAGCUUGGCCUCUGUCGCAUCUUCAGUCGACUUCGGAGAUGUCUCGGUUGGCUUCGUCGACAUCGAAAAAUGGAGACUUCCGGCCGGGACUCAAGAGGACGACCCCGAAUACUUGCAAGAAUACCAGGCAGCGAAAGGGGAGCUGCGCAAGAACGGGGUCAAAGUGGUUGACGUAUACAUCACUCCUCCCGAAGUCUAUAUGAUUGGGGACACCAACGUAGAUGAUGUGAUGGACAGCAUCAUAAGGCAACAAGCAAAAGCCGGCUUUGAACGAUUCUUGAAGGCGUUGAAGUUCUCCAAGGUUCGUUCCUUGGAUGAGGUCAUCGAAUUCAACCAAGCCCAUGCAGAUGUCGAAUUUAAUAAGGACUAUUGCCCCAACCAGGAUGGCCUUGUUGGAAUCUUGAAAGCGUCACGGCCGGAUGAAGACGCCGCUGAGUCUCUCGAACAUUGCAAGCGCUGGGCGGCCACGGAAGGCAUCGACAAAGCCAUAUCCGAACACGGAGUGGAUGUGGUGGUGUGCUGCUCUGACAGCUACUUUGCCGGGGUUUCAGUGGCAUCUCGCUAUCCAAUGGCUGCAGUGCCCUUGGGGUAUAUCAGGAGCAGCGGAAGGCCGUAUGGCUUGCAAGCUAUCGCGCCCGCUCAUCAAGAAGCGAAAUUGGUUGCCUUUAUGGCGGUGUGGGAGCGCAUCUUUCCGACACGACGUGUCCCGGACUUGGACGCUUGUGCGAGGGCGCGAGCCGAUUGGUAG